CAUAGAUACGGUUGUUUUUUCGGGCAAAAUUUGCUUAUUGAUGAAAAUAGGCUGCAUCUUAACAAUUUAGAGGAAAAAGACUCAUUAGAUUCAGGUUUCAGCCAUGGCUGUUGAAACACACGGCGUGCCUCAACUUGAACUGGAGGCUGUCAUCGGGUUCAACGGGCAUGUGUCUUCUGGCUUGAGAGUCCACCCAGACAAAGAGCACCUUAUUUAUCCUCUGGGAUGCACAGUCAUUCUGAAGAGAAUCAAAGAUGGCAAGCAGGAGUUCCUACAUGGACACACAAACAAUGUAUCUUGCAUCUCAGUGUCCAAAAGUGGAUUAUAUAUUGCCUCUGGACAGGUCAACUUCAUGGGCUUUAAGGCUACGGUAAUUAUCUGGGACUAUGCACAGCGAACAAUCUAUGCCCAGCUGCUGCUCCACAAGGCUAAGGUAGAGGCACUGGCCUUCUCUCCCAAUGACAAGUACCUGGUGUCUCUUGGGGGUCAGGAUGAUGGCAGCAUAGUCAUAUGGAAUAUUGAGACCCAGCAGGCAAUCUGUGGGAGCGCAGCCUCAGCUCACAGUGCUGGACACUGCCUCACUGUGCAGUACUCGAACACAAAUGACAACAUCUUUGUUUCUGCUGGAAGCGGAACAUUGCGAGUCUGGGAGCUGGACCUUCCCAACAGGAAGAUCAGACCCACAGAGUGUCAGACAGGAAAGCUGAAGAGGAUUGUGAAAUGUAUAGAGGUCUCAGAGGAUGAUCAGUUCGUUUUCUGUGGCACCACCAGCGGAGACAUCCUGAAAAUCAACAUGAAGACUGGGCUUCUGAGUGACUGCGGUCCAAUUAAAACAAAAUACAGCCUGGGUGUCAAUGCCAUAAGGAUACUGAAGUCUGGGGACCUGCUUGUAGGCUCUGGAUCUGGCACCUUCACUCUGUGUUCCAAGAAUAAGUUCAAAACUCUUAAGGAAGUCCAGCUGGAAAAGGGGGUGACCUCUAUUGCUAUAAGAGGAGAGGGCCAGCAGUUCUUUGUUGGAACAGAGGCUGCUCAGAUGUACCGUUUCAGUCAUGUGGACUUCAAAGCUGAACUCAUAUCCACCAGCCACAACAGUGCUGUCAAGGACGUAGCCAUUUGUUUUGGAAUAUCUGAAUUAUUUGCAACCUGCUCUGAGGAGGAUAUCAGGUUGUGGCACAUAGACAAGCCCAAAGAGCUGCUGCGCAUAACUGUACCCAACAUGACCUGCAAUUCCCUGGACUUCAUGGCCGAUGGACACAGCAUCAUCAGUGCAUGGAAUGAUGGUAAGAUUCGUGUGUUUGCGCCGGAAAGCGGUCAGCUCAUGCUCAUCAUUCACAACGCUCACAGAAUGGGUGUGACGGCCAUCGCUGGCACCAGGAACUGCAAGAGGAUCGUCAGUGGAGGGGGAGAAGGACAGGUGCGUGUUUGGGAGCUGCAGCUGCGCGGCCAUCGGCUGCUGGAGACCAUGAAAGAGCACAAAGCAACUGUCGCCUGUAUCAAAAUCAAGAGUGACGACAAAGAGUGUGUUACUGCCAGCUCUGAUGGUGCCUGCAUCAUCUGGGACAUAGUAAGAUUUGUGAGUCUUCAAAUGGUGAUUGCCAACACACUGUUCAGGACGGUCUGCUACCACCCGGAGGAAUAUCAGAUCAUUACCAGUGGCACUGACAGAAAGGUUGUCUACUGGGACGUGUACGAUGGCUCUGCCAUCAGAGAACUGGAGGGCUCACAGUCUGGGGCCAUCAAUGGCUUGCACAUUUCACACGACGGCAAACACUUUGUGACAGGUGGAGAUGACAAGCUGGUGAAAGUGUGGGACUACACGGAAGGUGUAGUAACCCACAUAGGGAUAGCUCACGGUGGCAGUAUCACCAGCGUCGAGAUCUGCUCCAACAACCGCACCUUAGUCAGCACCAGUGCGGAUGGAGCCAUUCUCCGGUGGAGGUUCCCACACCCUUCUUCUUCAUGAUGUGACACUAGAAGCCACAGAAACCACCACUCACACACAAAUUUAUUCAGAAUUCUCCCUCUUCUGAUUUAGCAAAUAUUGUCAUGAGAAUUCAGUAAUCUUACGAUAACAUUGAAGAAGGUGUUUAC